AUGGGGACAUACAGCCCCGAAAGGAACGAGCGGAAUGCCAUUGCAAGUGAUGAAGAAGAAGAUGUGCUGGAGCUAUGGCUUGAAGACGCUUCUUCCGAAACACACGAACGGAGGAGGAACAUGGAAAACGGGACGGGUCGGCUCUCCUGGAUACUCGUGGCGUACUGCCGAGCUGCCGUGGUUCGCGACCAUGUGACCACCUUCGUAGCUGCUCCGCCGGUGACCGUGUUAUCUCUGGAGAGGUAUCUGAAGGAUGCCUCCCAGAAGACACGCGUCAGCUACAUUUCUGCUAGCAAUGUAUCCACGCGUGCCUCUUCCUACGGAGAAGUGGCCGCUCGUGCUGGCACUCCUGGUCCUUCCAACGAGCAGCCCGAUCCUUUCGCCAGGCACGUGCGCCUUCGUGCCUCGUCCCUCAUCAAGGUACCCAAGCGUACUGGCUUCCAAUACCUCUAUGAUAUGACUAUUUCCGACGGCGUGUACCGGGAGAGAUGCUUUCUGGCCCCCGAGUUGAACCGCUUGGUGCAGACAAAUGCCCUUCGCUGUGGCCUGCGGGUGCAAAUCACAGAGCUUUCGUGCGCUUUCGUUCAGAAGUUUGAUAGCUGGAUUAUGUGCAUUGAACAGCUCGAAAUUCUUGGCGCGGCCAGUAGAAGUGAUGUUGUCCGGGGUCAACAGCUUCCCGAACGCAGAAGGAAGCCGCCCGUGCCGCUGCUGGGGAGGUGGACGUAUUAUCUUCCACUGUGGAAUAAUGAAGAUCCGUAUGGGGACAGAUGGCGGGGAAAAAAGGGUCCAGGAGCUGACUUCGAGGAUGGUGAGUUGACUGCUGCAGGGUGGGUCAUCAAUAGUGGGUUGUUGGACGCAUGGGACUAAUGGGUAGGAUAGUCUGGGAUAUACCGCUGUUGUUACUGGGUUCAAUAAAUUUGUCUCUUAGACUUAAGCACUGACAAUCUAUAGUCUGGCUUAAUGUGAACAGCCAGAUUCUGGGUUGAGAGCCUGGUUUGCAGGAGAAGCCCACAAGCUGAAUUUGAGGGAAUAUGUUUGGUGUCGUGUAUUGUCUUAUUCAGGUAUAUUUUGGUCCAACAUGGUGGCUAUUUAGGUAUGUUUUUGUGUUGUGUGUCACUGCACCGGGACCCAAACUUGAUAGAGUGUGCUUUUAAUAAUUUUAUUAUAAUUUUAUUAUUUAUACCCUAACGAUCUGGCUGGGUUUCCCCAGCCACUCCGGGCGGCUUACAGUACAGCUUUUCGGUUCUAGGCUUUGAAUAGGUACGGAAUACGCAUAUUCUGGGUGUUAGGGUCAUUAAGAGUCAAGAUGCUCUCCUGCACCAUUUUAGACGUGCAGUUUAUGUACUUGUGCAUUUGUGUUCACCUUGUGCACUUCAUUCGUUUUAUUUAUGACACUUUGGAAUUCUUGGGCUGUUUUCUUCUGAGGCAGCACCGGAGCAACCUUUAGGAAAAGCCAACUUGGCAGGACCAGUUUUUAAGAUCAGCAGUGCUUGGUUAUUUGUAACUUAUCCCUUUGCCGCAGUAUGUUUUGUAGUAGUGGCAGUGCUGAUGAAACCAACUAUGUCACCUAUACACUUUUGAAUCUCUUUUUGCUUUCCUAGACUCUGCAGUUAAAACUCUGCGAGAUUUGCAGAGAGACUUUGGCCACAAAACAGGCAAUAAGAUUAAAACUGGCACCCAUCCUAUUAUCAUUAGAAUAACCCACAGGGGGAGACUUCAGUACUACGGAAAGCCUAGUCUGGCUGUUGAUAAACCGUACCAGGUAGGCUGUCUACAGAUCUUAACAUGCUUACGUCUUGUUGUGCGUCCAUUUAAAUCUGCUAUGCUGAUAAAAACCUUAAUUCUUAUUUCUGAAUCCUUCCUCUAAAUAACAGCCAUAAUGAAAUACAAUUGUAAAUGGUAAUAUAAUUAUAUUUUGUUAUGGCAGUUAUUUAGAGUUCAGGCUUUGUUUUUGGUUUUUUAAAGUCAAAAUGAACUGAGUUAAAUGUAUCUCCUUGUUUAUUUCAUUGACUGUAUCUUGAGAGUAUCUUGUUGCUUUGAUAUAGGUAGAAAUGGAAACAGUUCUAUUGAUGAAUAUACCACUGUGCUAAUACAUAUUGUACUAAUUUACAAUUUACCUGUUAAAUAACGGCUUGAUUUUUGUGGAGCCUUACUCUGAUUAGACUUUCUUCAAUACCCUGAGCACACAAAAAUGGCUUCCAAAGGCUUUUCAAAAUUUCAUAAUGCUGAAUCAUGAUGCCACUGCUAAUGGAAAUUUUUUAAAGUGUUCUUAAUUCGGUUGAAACAGCAUGCAGACUGCAGAACACACUGCCCUACAUGGCUCCCCAUGAAUCACUUACGUUAUUUAUUUUUAACCCCUUUUAAUGAUGGUUUUUCCCAAGGACAAAAGAUUCCUGCAUUACAGGGGGUUGGACUAGAUGACCCUUGUGAUCUCUUCCAACUCCUCAGUUCUAUGAUUCUGUGAUUUUACAUUACUCUUGUCUAUAGCACACAAACUCAUCUUUCACAAGCCCUUUUUCAUUGCCCCCUCCUUGCUGUUUCUAGUGGCUGGAAGAAAACCUCACUUCCUGUUGUGUUGCCUUUCUUUUCACCUUCCGAUUGCUAAACAGCAAGGUUUUUUAUUUUUUAUUUUUUUAAAAAUUUUUAUUUCUUUUUAUUUUUAAUUUUUAAUUGUUUAUUUUUUAUUUUUUAUUUUUUAUUUUUAACUUUUAAUUUUUUAUUUUUUAUUUUUAGUUUUUAGUUUUUAGUUUUUAAUUUUUAAUUUUUAAUUUUUAAUUUUUAAUUUUUAAUUUUUAAUUUUUAAUUUUUUUAUUUUUUAUUAUUAUUACCAAGCCAUAUGUUAAGCUUUCUGCUACGAGUUUUACACAUCACUUUCUUUGCUACAACUUUAUUUUCACUUGUUAGCCUUAGUUUAUAUGCCAUUCCUGCAUUGGAAUAGGUGACCCUUUGGUUCUCUUCCCACUCUACAAUUCUAUGGUGGUUUUUAAAAAAAUGUUUUUAUUAAAUAUUUUCUUGGGUUACAGAAGUACAUACAGCGUCUCUGCUUUCAGUUCAAAGAGUUCUUUCACACAGUUUGUUCAUAUUCAAUGUGAGACACUGAUGUUAUAUAGACAGUAUAAAUUGGGGGGGGGGGGAGGGAGGGAAGAAGAGGGGGUAGUAAACUUUCAUUCUUCUACAUAGUGUAUGUAUAAGGUUUUUGUGUCAUUAUUUGGGUAGGUUCUAUUUCUAUUCAUUUAUUGGUUUUUGUUGGCAGUUAAAGAGAUUUAUCUAUAGAUAAGUUUCAAUGUGAGUUCCCUUCUUUUUGCUGAGAUGAAUUUAAAAGGUGGUUUAGACCACAGUUUAGUCCAUUGGGUAGGUUUAUUUUGUAACCUAUGUCAUGCUCCCAUUGUUUUUUUUUAAUUGAGAUGGGGGGGUGUUGUAGGGUUAUGGAGCAGUAUUUUAUAUAUUGUGGGUACCAUGCCCUUGCCAUGUCCCUCUGCUGUCAGGAGAAGGUUUUCGGAAGUGGUCAAAGGCCUAAUCGCCGCCGCCGUUUCUGCUGGGUUGUUUAGGAAGGCGUGCAGUUGGUGGUGUGUUAGCUAGGGUAUUUGGGUGUCCCCUAGUUUGUCUUGCAUUUCUUGUGCAGGUUUGGGUUUGUUAUUUUUGUAGAAGUCAGUAUAACAAUUCUCUGAUUCUGUUAUACUGACUCAAAAGUAUAACAAAAAAGUAGUUUCUGUGUAACUUCCAUGUUUAGAUUUGCAGUGCUGCCUCCCAGCUCUGUUGUUCAUUUGUUCAGAAUGUGCCAUUCUCAGCUUACUCAGAGAGGUCUCUGCAGCUCGGUACAGGUGGGUGGGGCUGCUUCUGGCUCCUUUGGCAUGACGCAGACCCAGGCUGGAAAGUGGGCAGGGUCUACCUGGAGAGCUGGGAAUGAAUUAUUGCUGGCCUCCUGGGGGGGGGGAGUGGGAGGGAGGAGAGAGACUCCAGAGAUGGCUGGAAGUGAAUACCGUAUUUUUCGCUCUAUAGGACGCACUUUUUCCCCUUCAAAAAUGAAGGGGAAAUGUGUGUGCGUCCUAUGGAGCGAAGAUGCCAUAGCCCCGCGACCCUCUCCCGGCUGGAGAGGUGACACGCGGCUAUGGCAGGAACCUCUACAGCCCCAUGUCACCUCUCCAGCCGGGAGAGCGUGCGCGCGGGGCUAAAGCAGCCCCCCGCGACCCUCUCCCGGCUGGAGAGGUGACGCGCGGCUAUGGCAGGAGCCUCUCCGCUGCGCCUUUCCGCUGCUCCCUGACCUGCUCUUUGGGGCUGGUGGUGGGCUUCCCCGCCAGCCCCAAAGAGCAGGUCGAAGAACCUGAAGCCUGGAGAGCAAGAGGGGUCAGUGCACACCGACCCUCUCGCUCUCCAGGCUUCCAAGGUAGCCGCCUGAACACACCUUAAACGGCACCUUGUUUUAGAGCGGGAAAACAAGAGAGGGAAAGUUCUCCCCCUCUCUGUGCAGCACCUCCUGCUGCUUCACUGAAGGGGCGCUGGGCAGAGAGGGGGAAAUUUUUUUUUUCUUAUUCUCCCCCCUCUAAAACAAAGUGCGUCCUAUUGUCCGGUGCGUCCUAUGGUGCGAAAAAUACGGUACUUCCAAAUCCGUUUACUUCAUAUAACUGUAGAGUUGUAAGAGAUACUUUAGGAGCAUCUAAGGCAGGCUUUCCCAACCUCCCCUCUAUAGUCUUUGCCUGAAUUUUUCACCCAAGCAUAUAAUAUGCAUUCUCACCAUUUGUGUUGUUCUCACACUGUUUGAAUUUUUUUGGUGUAAGUGCAUUGCUAUAGAUGGAGGUCAGUUGCUGGAUGCAGGCCCCAAGGAGGAAUUUCACCUGCACAUUUAUUGGCUGGGUCCUAUGGGCUUUCUCCUACCUCAUAGCAACUGUCACAACUUUCACAUGGUGGAUGAGGCAUUGGGCUGGAUCCUUAGUAGAGAGGGGCACCUUGCCUCAGCCCAGUGGAGGACCCCCAUAAGGGAUAUUGGAGUGUGGUGCUUUCUGUUCAGAAGCCUAGUCGAGGGCUGAUAGGCCAUGAUGUCCCCUGCCAGGGACUAGAUGAGAUCUUCCAGAAACAGUUCACACCAUGGUGGACCUCAAUAAUGGUUUGCCCAAGCUGUCCAAUGACAGCUUGUUGAGCCAGCCAGCAAGCUGGCUGACCAUGUGCCAAACCUGGUGCAAUAAAGUUGCAGCCUAAUUUAAUCCAACUCCACUUUGUGUAUGCCAUUAUUUUGACCGCUUCCACACUACUGCACAGAACUUGGGCCCACAUACAAGUCCCACUGAAUGGGGUUUGCUACCGCGCAGAUGUCCAUAGGGUUGCCACCUUAGACUUUAAGCCUUCUGAAUGCGGGAAGCAUUGCUUCUGUUCCUAUGCAGUACCUUAUGCACAGCUGAUAAACUGAGGAGGAGCAUGCCAUCAGAAAAGUACAGAUUAGCCACAGGCAUUUUGAAAGAGCAGUUCAACAAUACUUUUCACUCUUCCACAGUGUUGCUGAGAUCUUGUGGCUCAUAUCCUUAAUCUCUUUUAGGCAUAUUUCAUUGUGGCUGAUCGUUCCGGUUCUAUGACCAUGGUGCUGUGGAACGACUUGUGUUUUGAAUGGUACAACAGUAUGACCGUUGGCACUGUGUUGCUUCUCGAAAACUAUGGUGUUAAAAGAAGCUGCCUUUUUAAAACACAGCAAACUCUUGGAUCCAUUGGCGUGAAGAAAUUGUUCUCAAUAGGUUAAGUAUUUUGAAUAUUAAUUGUUGUUCAACAAUGUGUUGUUGUUUUUUUGCAGUAGGUGGCAACGUAUGUUUAGUUUCACUGACCAUUUGAAAGCAUAUGGCUCUUCAUUGAUUAUAACUGUAUUAAGGCACAUUGAAUUCUAUACCUAGUUCAUGAAGGGGAUACAUUGACCACUUUGAGGGGAAAAUAGCACUAUCAUUUUUUAAAAAAUCAACUGCCCCUAGAACAGAAAGUAAAAUUUUACUGCCUUGGCUGCAGAACUAAGGUGUAAAAAAUGUGGGUUUUUUAAUCAUUUUGGUGUUUCCCCCCCAAAAGUGUUAAAAGAUGAAAUUCCUUAUUGUCCCAAGUCAACCACACUUUUCAUCUGCUGUGUAAUAGUAACUUUCAGUUGUUGUUCCUUAAAUCCACAAAAGUCUUUGAUACCCGCAUCAUGCCUUCUGUAACCAGUAUAAUUAGCUUCAAAUUAUUUUGCUUUACAUAUGUAUAUAUAAUGCAUUGGGGAGAAAGUGAGAUGUUUCUUCAGGCUAGGAGGAAAGAGAAGUGCAAGUCACAAUUUGUCAAUUUAAGACAUUUAUUAUUAAUUUUUACAAACAUAUUCUCAGUGGACUGAUGAAACAAAGUUUCUUCUUUUUACACAUCUUAAAUAAAUCUGUGUAAUCAUGAAGAGAUAACAAAUAAUAUAGGGGAGAGGGAGAACAGCCAAAAUGAAAUUAACAAGGAACAAUGUAAAUUAAAUAAUGAAAAUUUCUGACAGAAGAGUUGAGCUUUCCACAGCAUUUAUAGAAAGCUCAUGAAAUAAUCUCCCAGAUUCAUAGUUCUUUUUGGAAUGUAAUUUUGUAAUUAGCAUGUAAUUUUGUUUCAAAGUUCACUUUAAAAUGUCAUUAUUUUAUAACACCAGAUAAACAACAGAUCAACGAAUCUGGAGGGCCACAGAUGUCCCUCUCCUGUUGUGAGAUCAUACACAACUCUCUUUGUGUAACUUGGGAAGCACUGCUUUGCUCACUUGUUUAAAGAGUAAUACUGAAAGCGAAACCUUGCUUCUGCCUUGGUACCUUGUUGCUAAGACUGAGUGAAGUUUAUGCAUAACUAUUUCAGCUGAUAUUUCAGAUAUCUGUAUUGAUUCAGAAAUAGAUAUUAGGGCUUUGCAGCUCAUGAUGGGAAGACCCCCAUUUUGUAAAAGACACUAGGUCGGUAGCCCUGACACUGGCUUCUCAAAUACCCGUUGUUAAGUCCCACGAGCUACAUAAAACAAAAUACUUGGUCCCUCCUCUUAAUCUAGAGAACUCCAUAAACAUUUACAGUACACCCAUUCUUGGGUGUUAGCUAGAUUCUUAAAUGUUCUGUUACUCCAUUGAAGGGAGGGAGAAAACCAUUUUUAACAUUGAAGCUCUUUUGAAGAAAUUCCAGUCUAACAUUUCUCCGUCUUCAAUCUUCAAAUGCUAUUCAGCCUGUAUUUUGAAUUUCUGCUGUUAAGGAUUCAGGCUUCUUCCCCUUGAUAUAACCACUCACAUUAUUUAUUUAUGGUUGAUCUUGGAAGGCAAAACCGAGGGAGGCAGUUGUUAAAUAGUUUGUCAGUGAGAAGAUUGUCCAGAAAAGCUCCAAGCGUAGUGGCACAUCUGAUUUUAAAUCGCUUGUGCUACCCAAAGAAUUGAGUCUGGGGGAUAACAGUGUUUGUUAUGCAUACAGGAGUAGCAGAACUACUUAGGCAGCCAGGAUCUCAGUUGUUCAAUGUGUGUUCUCACGGUUAAUUUCUUUUUCUUCUAGAACUAACACUAAACGCUGGGCGAAGACCAAUAAUUACCAUCAUUCCAAAAGACAACGUUAAAGUGCAGUGGAGAUUGCCCAACAUUCAGUAUCAGUUUGUCACAAGGUUAGGCUUUUUAUGUUCUCUUUUUUGGAGACAAUAUACAAGGCAGGAAUCAAUAAUGUAACAAAAGUGGGAAGGAGGAGGGAGGGGAAAAGUAACAGAGGAAAAAAAGCUUUGUCAUUAAGCAUUAUCUAUUUAUCAUUGCAUUUCUAUCCUGCUUUUGCUACCAAAGUAGCAGCAAACGAGGCAGAAGAGCGAUACAAUUGAAAGUGAAAUGCCGUAUUUUCCUGUGUAUAAGACCUUUUUUUUUUUGCUAAAAUUUUGUAGGCAAAAAUGGGAGGGUCAUCUAAUACACGGGUAGUGAAUGCAGUGGGGGUGAUUGGAUGUGGCGAGCAGGUGGGCGAGUGAGGGAUUGGCAGCUCAACAGCUCAAGAAAUAUUUAUUUCUUAAUUCAGGGUUCAAAAAAAUAGGGGUCGUCUUGUACAUGGGGGUGGUAAAUAAAAACAUUUAAAAGUUUUAAUAGCAUUUUAAAAGUUCAACUUGAUCCUUAUGGCUAUUCACUUCAGGCUUCUCAUGAACAGUAUCUUGCAUACAUCAAAUGCCUUGUUUAAUAGGAUUUUUAAAAAAUAAAAAAUAAAAUUGAAUGCCAUUAAUGAAGGAGACUCAAACAGGGAAGGCAUUUAAUAAAUGGGGAGCUGUCACCAAGGAGGCCCCGUCAUGGGACAGUAUCAACCAUGUGUAACCCAUUGGCAACAGGGGUGGCAUUUUUCCAGGUACUUUGAUCCCAAGCUGGUUAGGGCAUUGCAUGCUAGUACUGACCCUGUGAGUUGGGCACAGUAGCUCACUGUUAGCUAGCGCAUCACCCGCAGGACUACUUACACUUGGCCUUGUCAGGCUCCAGCAAUCUGGGUGAUGCACUCUGCACCAGCUGCAGCUUCCAGGAUGUCUUAAAGGACAGACCCCUGAGCUGGAGGCACAAGAACUCUCAAGACUAGACCAAAGCCCUCAUGCCUUUCAGGAAAGAUAAAACUAAUCAUGUUUGUGUGCCUCUUCCACGAAUGGUCCGGAGGGUGGCAACAUGAGAAUGGGUCUUUUCUGUGGUGGCUCCCUUUUUGUGGGAUGCUCUCCCCAGGAAGGCUCACCUGGCACCUUCAUUACAUAUUAUUUAGGCACCAGGAGAAAGCAUCUCUCUUCAUCAGGCCUUUGGCAUUCAAUGUUUUUGUGGAAGCAGUGGUUAUUGGUUUAUUUUUGUUUUAUUAUGAUGUAUUUUGUGUUCCCAAUUUGCAUUUUUAUGAUGUGAACCACCCUGUGAUCUUUGGAUGAGCAGCGUUAUAAAGAUUUAAAUAAAUUAAUGGGGAUUAUAAUAAUCCAGGUGGGAGGUCACUCAAGCAUGGACAACUGAGGCCAGGCUUUGCCAGUCCAGGAAAAGUCAUAGCUGAUGAAGCAACUUACAUAUAUUGGUCAUCAUCACUCCUUAAUGCUUGGGACUCUGGUGACCCAUUGGAAUCUGGAGCACUUCCAGACUAUGAACCUGUUGCUCUAGAAGGAGUGCAGUCAUGUUGUUCACCUAAUUCCUAGAUACGGGAACUGCUUACUAACAGCACUUCUGUCUUAUCACUAUUUAGGCUCAAUUUAUUGGCUCCCAUGAAGCCAUUGUUUUCGGAUACCAGUCCAACAACUUCAACAACCUGUCCAGAUUCAGGUUAACUGGAGGGAUGGAGCACUGUGUUCAUAAAUAUGGAGAGAUUACUGUGUGCUACAAAUAUCACUUGUACUUUUCUGUAUUACAGAUCCAAGCUGCUUGUCACACCAUACAUUGAACACUGUGAUGUAGUUGGGGUUGUGAAAUUUGUGGGAAGGACUCAGCGCACACGAAAAACAGGUUAUUUUUAAAUAUUUUUGUGCUAAUGAAAAAUUAAUUCAAAAAUACUUUCUGAAAAUGUUCAACAUUUCUGUUGUCCUUACAGAGCAUGGAGAAGACUUCUUGAUCUAUCGUUGGGUGCUGAUUGCUGAUGGAACCUCAGAUAAGAAUCUCAUCCUGCAAUUGUUUUCUUCAUCUCAGCCUGAAAUAUUUCAGCAAAUUCACCCAAGUAUUUGUUUUUUUAAAAAAUAUCUCUGCAUUUCUCCCACCCCAAAUCUUGUAAUACCUUUUUUCUUAAAAGUUUGCUUUAAUUUUGGGUAUUGGCAGACAAUACCAUUGCAGCUCCUUCUAAAGCCCCUGACAGAAUAGUAGAAAUGAGGAACUGAAACUUGCGCAUCUUUGCGUGUGAUGGUGCUCAAGCAGGUUUAUAUAUAUUUUCUCCCUUGUUUCUGAAGGGAGAACUACCAUAUUUUUCUCUCUAUAAGACACACUUUUUCCCUCCUAAAAAGUAAGGGGAAAUGUGUGUGCGUCUUAUGGAACGAAUGCAGGCUGCGUAGCUAUCGCUGAAGCCAGGAGAGCAAGAGGGAUCGGUGCGCACCGAUCCCUCUUGCUCUCCUGGCUUCAGUGAUAGCCACGCAAAGCCUCCUGAGCGCAGCGGGAGCUUUGUGUUGCUUUUGCUGGAGAGGCAAUGCGCAGAGAGGGAGAGCUGCGCAGCGCCCCUUCAGCGAAGCGGGAGGAGAAACAGAGCCCCUUCCGUUUCUCCUCCCUCUUUGCUGGAGAGGUGCUGAGCAGAGAGGGAGAGAAUAUUUUUUUUUCUUGUUCUCCUCUAAAACUAGGUGCGUCUUAUGGUCGGUGUGUCUUAUGGCGCGAAAAAUACGGUAUAUAUGAAGUACUCUCUAGCAUUUAUCUAUGAGUGGCUUAAACCUUUGGUGUAAAAUUCAUGGCCUUAAAUCAUAAUCCAAAGAGUUAUGUUUAGGUGUGUAGCAGGAUUUGGGAAUUUAGCAAGACUUUUGACCUUUUAAAAAAUAAAUAGCAAGUUAAAAGUCGGAGAUGAUGUGUAGGCUUGGGCCGGAGCAAUAUUGGAACAGACCAAGGGUCCAUGUAGUCCAACAACAUCCUGGGCCAAUUCAAUUCUAUUCAGAGUAGAUCCAUUGAAAUUAAUGGACCUAAGUCAGUCAUGUUCCUUCAUUUCACUGCCUGCUCUGAGUAGGCUGAGUACUGGAUAUGGCUCCCUACAGAGGACAGAUAAAUGCUUCUGCAAAGCCCACAAUUAAUCUGUAAUCUUCCACCUCAGCUACCUAGUUCUCUCCAAGCAGAAAAUGUAAUAAACUAGGAUCUGGUGAGUACUAUUUGAAACUGCAGGUGAGGGCUCAUGUGCUGGAAUACUAUCUCUGUAGAUACUAUUGCUACACAAAAACACUCUUGCAUUCACAAGAUGCUUAGACUAGAACACCUCUGACAUUUGAUUUUUCUAUACAGAGAACUAUUUUCAACACAAAGGAGGCAUGCAUGCCAUCUAAAGUGAUGCAAACCAGUAACUGGUUUUUCUCCUCAUCUGCUGUUUGUGAGAACGACAACCAAGUCACAUAGUUUUAACUGCUUGGUAGAACAAAAGUUUUAGUUUGGUUGAGCUAGGAAUUGUAGGAAGUGCAAUAAUAAUAAUAUAAUAAUAAAUAACAAUAAAAAUGCUGCCAUUUGUAUCUUUUGCUUUAAAACCUGAUAGUUCUGAACAUACAUAAAUACUGAAUAGUAUGUGUGAAAUAAAUAAAUGAAAUGAAAUAACAUUUAUGGAAAAAAAAUAUGCAUUCUUUCUCCAUCUCCAGGGUCACUUUUCGUAUGUACACACCUGAAGGUGAUCCGAGAGAUUUCAGGGAACGGCUCCUUUCCAUCUUACCUGAGAACUACUAAUGAAAGUCAAAUGUUUAUUUGCGGUAAAUAAACCCUAAUUUCAUAAUUAAUACAUGCAAUUUGUAACAUACACCUUCAAGUGCUCAUGUACAUCUUAACCACAUUUUUUUGUUCCCCUUUUACCUUUAGGCAUCAGCCAUUUUGUUUUUCAUUUUUGAUUGUAAUUUAUUUUAUUUGCUUUUAUUUGCUUUAAAGGCUUCCUCAGCCUCAGCCCUCCAGAUGUUUUGAGACUACAAUUCCCAUCAUCCCUGACCACUGGUCCUGGUAGCUAGGGAUCAUGGGAGUUGUAGGCCAAAAACAUCUGGAGGGCUGAGGUUGAGGAAUCUGUGGAAUUCUAGCAAGAGUACUGCAUCUCUGGUGUUGGAAAUAAAGCCAGGGUCACAGAGAAGUUGCAGAAGAAUAUUAAAUCUCUGGUGAAAUGGUACACUACGAUAACUUCAUAGAAUCAUAGAACUGUAGAGUUGGAAGGGACCACGAGGGUCAUCCAGUCCAACCCCCUGCAAUGCAGGAAUCUUUUGCCUAAAGUGGAGCUUGAAGCCACAACCUUAAGAGUCUCAUGCUCUACUGACUGAGCUAUCCCACAGACUGGUCUGCGUGCAAUGAGCCUCUUAGGCAGCUUAGAAACUGCUGCAAUUCUUUCGUAUCCCUACACGGUCUCUAGAAUCCUCAUCACCAACAUUCCCGAUACCAUUUAUUAAUUCUAUAAUGUUCUUCACGGAGCCACCACCUGUUGAGUUCCCUUCCUGUUCUGCGAUUCUAUAAUUCUAUUGGCACAGUCACUUAUAAAAAGUUGUUGCUUUAAUAUUUUGAUAUUUUUAUUAGGCUUUUCACAGCCUUUUUUUGUUUGUUUGUUUUUCUUAACAGAGUGGCACAGAGGCCAGCCAUAUGAAAAUGAAGUCAGAGUAAGAAGCAUUGCUCAUUGGAGGAGAACUCAGGAGGGAUCUUCUCAUGCAAACGAAACUUUCAUUGGCGGAUAUUAUCCUUUGCCACCAGCCCCAGACACUUUUCUGAAGUGCUGUGAAACUGCUGCAGGUGUUGUGUUUUGUUCUGCAUCUUCAUUCAGUCAUGCUUGCCACUUGGCAAUAGUAAUGUUAUUAAACGAAAUAUUUAUGUGCAGCUUUAUUCACUUAUUUGUACUUUUUAGUAAAUGAUCACAAUGCUAAACAACAAACUAUACCGGUAACGGUCAUACACUAAACCAAAAGGUAGAGGAGGAAUGGGGGAUUUGUUUGGGAAGUUUAUUGACGAAGAAGAAAAAUAUUAAACUAUCAGAGCAAGUCAGUUAGCAGGGUUUUUAGACAAAGAUUUCCAUAUAGUUUCCCCAGCUCUUUACAUAUAUAUGUGUGCACCUGAAGGUCCCAACAAUGUGGGGUAGAAUUCAAUAAUAUAUAUGUGAGUCAGUAAAAUGAAAUUAUUCCAGUACAAGAUUAAGAUGAACACACACUUCUGACCUCAAGGGCCCCCACAUAUCACAUGUACCAAGGAGGACUUGCAGUGCUGAAAUAGCGGGUGAGCAGUGGGGACUUUGAUUUUCAUUACUGGCCACCCUUAGAUUACAAACAGGAAAUAAAUCAGAGGUUUAUCUGUACCAAUUUAAAAGCAAUAAUUUAACAUUAAGUGCUUUUCCAUUUGAAUCUUUCGAAUCCUACAUUCAUAAUUUUGGUAGUAUUGUUUCUUUAAAACAAUGUUUAUUUUUAGCCAAAUUAUAACAAUUUCAAUUAUUUCCCAAUUAAUACAAUUAUUCAAAUCAACUUCCAGUUAAUACAUUUUAGUUAUAGUGGUUCACUCUGUGGUGGAUUGGAUGCAUUUCUGUUCAAAGCUAAGUUUCGGGGGAUUAUUAUUAUUAUUAUUAUUUAUUUUGCAGUUGAUCCAGUGUUGAAAACCAUCAAUGAAAUUCGGGAGGAGAUUGGAAAACUGCACUACAGGGAGCACAAACGCAUUGCUAUUCGGGGGAUAAUUGGUGCUGUAAAAUAUGUUGACUGCACCAUCGUACCUCCUGAUGCCUCAGUUCAGGCGCCAGUUCAGGCACCAGUUCAGGCUCCAGUUCAGGCUCCAGUUCAGGCUCCAGUUCAGGCACCAGUUCAGGCACCAGUUCAGGCUCCAGUUCAGGCUCCAGUUGAGGCACCAGAACAGGUAUGGUGCUUGAGAAUUAACAGUAUAAGUAUUUGGAUACUAUGUUUUACAUUUUUUUUUCAUUUUUAAAGAAGAAAUAGAGUUUGAAAGGCUUAGUUUAGGUUUUUAAAAGUUUAAUGUGGAUGUUCCAUUUUUUAAGAAAAAGAGUAUUCAAACUGAUAUUUAAAACUUUCUACAUGUGGGAAAAAAAGGUGGAAAUGAAUCGAGAAACUAAAUGGGGUUAGGCAGAACAAUUUAUUUAGUAGAUCAUAUUUGAAAGACUGUAGAUAUCCUAUAAACUAAUCCCUAUGGUUCUGAUACUGGAGUUGAAUCUAGAUUAGGGUUUAAAAUAUAGUGGUACCUUGGGUUAUAGACACUUCAGGUUACAGACGCUUAGCGUUACAGACUCCACUAACCCAGAAAUAGUGCUUCAGGUUAAGAACUUUGCUUCAGGAUGAGAACAGAAAUCAUGCGGCAGCAGUGAGGCGGCAGCAGGAGGCCCCAUUAGCUAAAGUGGUGCUUCAGGUUAAGAACAGUUUCAGGUUAAGUACGGACCUCCAGAACGAAUUAAGUACUUAACCUGAGGUACCACUGUACUAUUAAGAGAGUUAAUAUGGAUGGACAAUGGGCGACCUACAGGGAAUUGCUGCAUUUCACAGGGGGGAACCCAAAUUGAAAUCAAUGGAAAACCUAAGGAGCCAAGUUACGGACUGUUUGCAAUAUCAUCAGUUACAUGAUAUGUUUAAAUUAGAUAGACAAAAUAGUCUAAAAUGACUUGUUAUUAGACUGCGAAACAAAAGACGAGCUAGUUAAAGCCUCAGUGACACACUGGGCAGUAGAUAGAGGGCACAACAUAGAUUUCUAACCUCUGGGAGAAACUUUGGGAAAGUGACUUGAAAUUUACAGCAUGUUACUCUUUGAAAGAGAACUAUUUGAAAAUGAUUCAUAGUUGGUCUCUAACUCCAAGUAGGCUUGCUAAGAUGUACAAGACAGAAUCAGAUAAGUGCUGGAAGUGUAAAGAGGUGGAGAGAACUUUCUUUCAUAUUUGGUGGACAUUUUAAAAAUGUAAAAGGGUUCUGGGAAAUGAUUUAUAAUGAACUGAAAAAACAUGUUCAAAAUAACUUUCCUUUCUGUUGGGGAUGACUCGGACUGAAAUCCCUAGGUGUCAGAAAAGGUUAUUUAUGUAUGCAACAACUUCAUAUAUAUUUUCAUGUAUGUGUGAAGAAUGGCUACCUAGAAGUUGCUGAAUUCUUUGUUUUUGAAUAAUAAGGCAAAAUAUCUCCUGUUGUUCAUUUCCUACAGGUCAGCCAGGAACCUGCAGCAGGCACUUCUGCACAAACCUCCCAGCCACCCGAACAGCAACCUACAAGACCCAGAAAGUGUAAAGCGAAGAGAAAGAAUAGGAUUGUGGAGUAAGCUAUUUCUCUACAAUGGAAUUCCCUUUCUGUUUUUGUUGGCAUUUGUCUACGUUAGGCCACAAUCCUGGUUUUGUUGACUUCCCUCUGAGCAAGAUUAGGCACACAUAGCAUGGGAAUUGUGUACUUUUCAAAUGAGCUGCAUCAAUGUUCUAAAAUGCCUUAGGUUAUAAUUUGCAAAGAAAAUCACUUUUGCAUUGCAAUACCAUGGCUGGCCUCCCUCUGUCUUGGGAGACACUGGAGGUGUGUUUUCCUUUGGGGGUGAAAUCAAACCACUGGAGAGUUACAGUGAUUGCUUUGGCUGUGGAGUUGUUGCAGCUGGGACAGAGGAUGGCGUCUGGUUGUUCUGUUGCAAAUGCACCAUGGCAGAUGCACCAUGUUCCCACCGGUUAGAUGUGGAUAGAUAUUUGGGAAAGACCUUGCUAAAUGAGGUAGUUAGAUCUGGGCAGGAAUAGGUUCAAAGCAUCAGGAUUGUAAUACCAAAUAGACCAUUUAAAUGAUUGAUUGAUUGAUUGAUUGAUUGUUUCGAAAUAAUUUAUUUCACCUCUUUUUAGAUGGCUCUUAACAAUGAGUUAACUUUUGAAUGUUUUGUGGGUGCAUGUGAAUAUGUGCAGAAUCCAAUAUAGCUUCUAGAUAGGACUGUGGCUCCAGAAAGUGCCCUUGUGUGCAACACGAUGCUACUUAACUUAUCAAUAGAAAACCAAAGCUGCCUGACUGAUUAUUCAUACUUCACUAGUGCAGCAAGCAAGAAAAUAGCACAAGUGGCAGAUUCUCAGUAACUUCUUGAUUUCAUUGGAUUUUUCUCGUUACUUGGUCCCUGCUCCUGCCUACCUAGCAGUUCGAAAGCACGUCAAAGUGCAAGUAGAUAAAUAGGUACCGCUCCGGCAGGAAGGUAAACGGUGUUUCCGUGCGCUGCUCUGGUUCGCCAGAAGCAGCUUAGUCAUGCUGGCCACAUGACCCAGAAGCUGUCUGCGGACAAAUGCCGGCUCCCUCAGCCUAUAGAGCGAGAUGAGCGCCGCAACCCCAGAGUCGUCCACGACUAGACCUAACGGUCAGCGGUACCUUUACCCUUUAUGCCUAAUGCCAGUUGCUCUAUCAAUGUAGUAGCACAAACAUGCUAUCACGGCUGCUUCGAAGUUAAGAAAAAGGAGGUGGUGUCAUGUCUGCUUUGGCCCUGAUCAUAAGACCUAAGUGGCAACUCUACUCCUGGUUUUUAUAGGUCGGAUGAAGAUGAGCAGGAUGCAUCGGCUCCAGCGCGAAAGAAGCGCAAGAGAAGUAUGUGUCUUAUUCCUUGAAACCUAUCUGAGUGCCAGCCUUUUAUAUUAAAAUAAGCAGCACCGGAAGCCUUAGCAAACUUAAUAUGCCUUCCUAAUCUUUUACAGUAACAUUAUAUGUUGUUUAGUUAGUAAAAUUCUAGCUAAAGUGUUGUUUUUUAAUCCUGGCUUAGUUCCCUAAUGCCAAACGGAGAUGAUGGAGGAGAGAUAACCUUGCUGCUUCAACCAAACCUUUCAUUUUAAUUUCAGUGAAUCUUCCUUCCGGAGGGCCCAUAUGCUACAAGUUCUUAUGUUACAAGGUCUUACCCUGUUAUUGUGAAUAGCAAGCUGAUUUCAGUUACCGUAGCUAAAUUGCAUACGUGAAUUAUCUAGCUUGGAUCUUCUACAUUUCCUGCUGGCCACUGCAGCUGCCCCAUUAUGGAACCCUAGAUUUUAAUUCUAGAGUACAAAGCAGCUGAUUUAGCGCUUCUGCGCAUGCGCGACCACCAAAACCCAGAAGUAACCCGUUCUGGUACUUCCGGGUUUUGGUGGGUUCAUAACCCAAAACAACCGCAACCUGAAGUGACUGUAACCCGAGGUAUGAUUUUACUUAUUUUAAAGAAAAAACAAAAUGAAGAAGCCUACAUUAAAAAAAUUAAUUAAAUGAAAUAGGGUUCCCAUUUAUUAUACAUGUAAACUCAGCAAAUGCAGUGCAUGGAAGAGAGUGAAAUAAACUGAGUGAAAUAAACAAAAAAUCCAUUCUGGAAUAGUAAUCAUUUUGCUGAACUUGGAUUUUCUGAUAGUUUACAAUUUGAAAAGUGCAGGAAACACUAGCUAAUGCUACUUUGUAUUUAUUUUCUUUUGAAAAUAUAUAAUAAAAGCCUAUAUCUACUGUGCUGCUAAUUCCACAUGCACACAAUUUGGGGAGGGUUUUUUCUGGUUUAUUGAAAAUGUAGAAUAAUAUUAUAGAAGUAAAUGGAGAUUAACAACACACUUACUAUCUUCAUAUUAGGAACUUCCAAAAAGAAGCACGGUGGGUCUGCAAAACGUUCACCAGGUUCCUGGGAAAGCAGCCUCUGGGAUAAAAUAAAAGACCGCUUGGAGCAGCACUUGCAUUACAGCAGAGUUUUCCCUGAAAGCUUUCCAUCAAAAUUUAAUUAUGAAACUGGAGAUUUUCUCAUGCAACUGUACAAUCUCCAAACAGCCAAAUACAGAUAUGUGCCAAAUAAAGAAGAUCAAACUGAGUAUGCCUGUCCUUAUGAAUACUAUCAAGUGACUAUUGUCGGUAAGUAACCACCAUCUCUGCAAAACAAAAUUCAGCAUCCCAUUGGGAAGUGCAGGGGCUUCCCCAAAAAAUCUGAAAUAAAGUCAAACCAUUUUUGCAGGCAAAAAAAAUAUAAUUCAAUGUGGGGGGAGGGGGUGACAAGAAAUUUUCCGUACCGGGUACCACCUGACCUUGCUAUGCCACUGGGGAAAUGUUAACAGUUUUGUCUGGGUGUUGAAAGAAUAACGGUUGUUGCACAGAGCUAAGAGGGAAUGGAUAAUGUAUCGAACGGUGUGGUUGGUUUUUUGUUAGAGAGAGCAAGAGGUCAGAGUUUGCGGGUAUCUGGGUUCAAAGGCAACUUGGCGGUUUUGGACUGAUGUUUAUCUCACAGUGUGACAUACUCCACAGGUUUGCUUGGGGGGUAAAAUGGACAGAGCAGGGAGAAAAGAUGGGAUAUAAAAACAUAGUUAAUGAAGAAUAAAUAGAGCAACUGUAAGGUGAAUAGUCUAGGAUCCAAAGAACCUGCUUUUACUUCUACACAUUCGAGGGGGGGUGGAUUUGUGUUCUUCAAAUAGCAGGCCUCUCAUACUGUAUAUGGUAAGUAAUUGCUGAAACUCAGGAGAUUUCCCCCCCGCCCCCCCAAAAAACAACUCUUUGGACAGCAGCCAUAGUAUGCCUUUCUCAAACUUGCAUCACUUGCUUCUUGAAUACAUAAAUAAUGUCCUCUGCAUUUCCAAAGAAACCAGCCCUGCAUUUUAGUGGAAUGAUUUUAGAUAGAUUGCAAUUUCAAAAUCAUAGCAAAUGCAGAACGGUGCAAAGAUGUGGGGAGGAAACUGAACAAGGACACAUUCAUUUAUAUGCUUGCAAGAGGGCCCAAAUGUGGAAGAACAAGAAGGUAGAAUAUCUGACUAGAUGGCAGCAUUUUCAAUACAGGUGUUGAGCUUAAAUUGAGUAUUAAGGUGUGUGUGUGUUUAAAGAGUUUGGAAUACGAGUGGGGUGGGGUGGGGUGGAAGGGCAAUGCUGUUUUGCCCUAUAUUAACAAGAGCACAAUUUCCAAGUCUUGAAGCAGGGGGAAGGGGGAGAGGGAUUAUCACUUUGCUUGAUACCAGUAGUAUAUCAUUCAGGGAACUUUGUUUGGUCCCAGAAGGAUAUUGUGAGGGUAUUAAAGUAUGUAAAUGGCAGAGCAUACCGAUGAAACUUUGUGUGCAUAGUCAGUAUGUUGGGUCAUCAGCUGUUGGGGCAUGAGCCAGAACUAAGUCACAACUAAGACAACGAAAUAGUUCAUUAUGCUAGCUGAUGGUAACAAAAUAUAUCCAUCUUUUGUACAGGAAUGAAUCGCGACACAGCUAUAGAUGUUGCCCUCCUGCCUGUGUGUUACUCUGAAAAUUCAGGUUUACUUCAAGCAGCGGGCAUGGAAUGUGCUACGGUGGAUUUGCCUAACACACGUGGGACCUCAAGUCAGAAGAAGAUUGCCCAGGCACUUUCUCGUAAGAACUUCUAGAUGAUAUUGAUGGUUUGCUUAUGCCCUCAAAUAAGCAAGCGUAGUUGUAAAUGAAGGUUUGCCACGUAACAGACCUUAAUUCAAAACCUUUAUUUUAGAAUUGCCUCCUGGAUCGCUUGUUAUCUAGUACGGUUUGCCUAGCCUUGUUGCAGUGUUAAACAGUAUAUGUCUAAAUGCAUACCUUCUUCCCUGAAGAGAUAGCAACCGUGUUAAAUGGUGGCUCUUCUAAAUUCCAACCAUUUGCUAAUUGGCAACUGUAAAUAAUUACAGUAAGCAAUAAAGUGCACGAAUGCUUCAAUGAGCAUAUUUCUUUGCAUGUGUUUGCCUGCAUAAUUGUGUCUGCAAAGGAAAUGGUUUCGAAUAUUUGACCCGCAACCUAAUAGAAGAUUGCAAAUUAUGCUUUUCUGUUUAUUAGUGCCAGCUUUCCUUGUGUCGUGCUGUCUUCCCAGAUAUGUGAAACAAGAAGGAACCAGAAGCAUUCUUUAUUGUGUCAAUCUUAGAAUUUUUAUUUCAGAAACUAGAAGCCUACAGAUAUGCUGGGUGGCUGUUAGAUAACACCCUAAACUCCAGUGUUAAAGUAAUCUUCUGAAAUGGAAGCAGUUGCUACUUAUUUAUUUAUUUUGCUUCAUGCUGAGUUAAUAAUUCCAAACAAGAGUGAAAUUCCCCCCUUUUCUUCCUAUUUAUUUAUUUAUUUAUUUAUUGGCCAAACACUGAAAUGAGCUGAAAUUCUGAAGACUUUGUCCUUGCUGUUGAGUAAUUUGGAUGAGGAGGAUUCAUCCAGAUGUUUUUGUUCCCUGCUUUAGGCACAGGGAAUUGGUUUUCUGUAGAGUAUUUUCCUUUGCCAUCAUGUUGGAAGCAGGAGGGAUUGAUUCUCUGCCUUCCCCACUCUGCUUUAUUACCUGUUCUGGGUGUAACAUUGAUGAUACUCCUGGGAACGUAACAACAAAGCAACUGUUAAGCAUUUGUUUUUUAGUACUAACGUCCAUAUCUUUGUGUUUGCAUUCUAGGUGGUGGGCUGGUGAGAAAACCUCUGAUCUGCAUCCUGGAUGUCUGCUCUUUGGGAGAAGACAAAGUUGAAGUCUUUCUUAACAAAGUGUAUCUGGCCACAGAGUAA